AUGAGGGCUAUAGAAAACCUUGUCGUUGUCCACCUCGGAGACCCUCACUACAACAGACGCUUCGAGACUCUGAUGCAGAUCUUCCUCGAUAACUGUCUUCACGUCGAUUAUCUAACGUUUUACAAGGCGACCCUGCCCCAGUGGCUCCGCGCCUCUCCUCUCGUAUCGUACAUGUACAUGGACGCAGCAUUCAUACAUACUGCACCGAAUAACAUAUUCUUUUGGCUUAUUUACCCAAUUCAGAUCCUCUUUGAUACUAUAUAUGUAUUCCUUCACAUUCUUGUGCUCUGCAAGGCCAAUCUGCGUGCGAUUGCUGUGUUUUCUUCUCCCUUCCGUCCGGGCUGUGUUAUUGGAGCGCGUGCAGCUGCCAAGUACUUCCGAAUACCGUUCUGGGUAGACGUAUGUCGUGAGUCCCACAGCCUGGAAUACACUGGUCUUCGGAGGGCGCUUGUUCAGAGACUUGAAAGAAAGCUGCUGCAGAGCAAUUAUAAAAACGAAACAGUCCUCCUGGACUCCUCAAGUCUGAUCAAACACUUCAGUCUGACUCGGAAUUACGUCCUCACCCUCAACACGCCAAUUUCUUUCAACAUGGGCCUGCCUAUUCCCAUGCACCAUAUGCUCUUAUCGACCUUGCGCUUUGCUCAGCCGGAGCAGACGUCGAUUGGAAUUAGAACCCUGUUCCAUUAUGCCCAACUUGUCCGCAGCAUGGAUUCAACAAGUGAUCGCUCCCAACUAGAAAUAAAUAGCCAUCGUCCGGCCCUAAUUCUGUGUCCUUGCAACUUUCGUGGAGCCGAUGACUUUGUUGGCAUCUACCAGCUUGCGGCUGCUCUCGAAAGAAUAUUCGCGACACAGUCAUCAGCUACCGCUAAGGGUGGACGUGUCAGGUUUACUAGCGCCAUUAUCGUAGUCACGGGGCGUGCAGACCCUUAUGUAUGCUCGCAAACACGAGAGUAUCACAAGCAACUAAAGGGGAUAGCUGAUGCAUUCAACAAUCACUACACAUGGGAAGAGGGUGCAAAGGCACUGUGUCAGCUGGAUGAGCAGAAUAAGGCACGUACAGAGGAUGCUGCAGAGGAUGCUACAAACGAUAACUUGGGUAAGGAUAAUGUCAGAGAUGACGAAGAGCCCAAAGAUGAAGAUAAAACCGAACACAGAAUUGAAGGUGCCGCAAGCCACGAGGAGGGGAAGCAUUCUAUUAAGGGUAGAAGCAUCGAGGCCCGUGCAGCCCGCGAGGCCAAGUUGGCUAAGAACAGGAUGCUGCUGAAGGCAGCCAUGAAGGCCCACGCAGCGAACACAAACGGGAUCUCUGGAGCAAAGCACGUCAGAGUAUCAAAAUGCUACCUAUACAACCGCGAUUAUCAUACUCUUUUAGAUUGUGUUGAUAUGGUGUACAUCGCCAAGAACAGCGAGCAGAUCUAUGGUGUCCCUGCAGCACUAACUGACGCACUCAUAUAUGAGAAGAUAGUGUUACGGAACUUUCCCAUAGAUGGGACAGACGAGCUAUCGGAACUCGUUGCAGAUGCUACCAUAGAAGUUACCACCCAGUCAAUCCUGUGUUCCAACUUGAUCCUGGCUUUGAAUCAGGAGGAGGCACGAGCCAACGAAGCAAGAGAAUACCAUAUGGAGCGGAAGUCUAAAAUCAUGAAAGCCAAACAAUAUAUUUUGAGCAGAUCGUAUUCGACGAUCUUCAAGGAGACACUGCUUCCCCAGAUUCUCCUAGAUAAUACAUCAGUGGAAGAGUUCAUGAAGAUGGUGCAAGAACAGAAGGAAGAAUUGGAAAGAGAAAAGGCGGAACAAAAGGCAGCAGAGGGAAGCAAAUGCUGUUCAUGUGGAAGCUGCGGGUGCGGCUCGUAG